CAAAAUGGCGGAGCUAAGAGUCAACGUGAUCUACAAACAUCUUUGCCUAAUUUUGACCAUUUAAAGGUUAAACUGUCCAUGACAUUACAGUUGAGGGAGCAAAACGACAGCAGCGUCCGGUUUGACUAUUUCUACGUAAGCCUACCCCGAGACCAAUAAGAAAGAAAUGCCUCACCGCAAGAAGAAGUCCUUCAUUGAGAAGAAGAAGGCGGUGACCUUCCACCUGGUGCAUAGGAGCCAAAGGGACCCCCUCGCGGCAGAUGAGAAAGCGCCUCAGCAUGUCCUGCUGCCUGCCGCCAAGGCGGACGUGGAGAAGCGGCGGGCGGAGCAGAGAGAUUUCGGCGUCUUCUUUGAUGACGACUACAAUUACCUGCAACACCUGAAGGAAUCUUCUGGACAGACUGAGCUGUUGGCUGCUGAGCCCUCGCCCCGCUUUCACGUUCGCGCUGAUGAUGGCGAUGAUGCUGACGAAAAGGAGCAGGUGGUACCCGUGGUGAGCAUCCAGCUGCCGUCAUCGGUGUUCGCCUCCGACUUUGAGGAAGAUGUGGGCCUCCUCAACAAAGCCGCGCCCAUCUCAGGUCCGCGUCUGGACAUGGACCCCGACAUCGUGGCCGCUCUGGAUGAGGACUUUGACUUCGACGACCCUGACAACCUGCUGGAUGACGACUUCAUUGCCAAGGCCAACAUUCCCAACUGCGCCCAGCUCCGAGGCGACGACGAUGGCGACGACGACUCGUGGGAGGACACGGACGAUGACGAGGACGGCAGCUUUGGCUCCGGGGGCGCCUUCUCGGACGAGGAGGGCGGCGCUCGGGAGUUGCUCUUCGAAGACGAGGAGACCAGGACUCGCUUCACCGAUUACUCCAUGACGUCGUCGGUGAUGCGGAGGAACGAACAGCUCACCCUGCUGGACGACCGCUUCGAGAAGUUUUACGAGCAGUUUGACGACGACGAGAUCGGCGCCCUGGACAACGCCGAGCUGGAAGGCUACAUUGCGCCCGACAGUGCUCGUCUGGAGGAGGUUAUUAAGGACUACUUCGCCCAGAAAGCCAAAGAGGCUCUGAGGCCUGACGACCUGGGCCCAAAAGAACUUUUUGUCCUACAAGAGGAGGAAGAUGAGGAGGAGGAGGAGAUGGAAACUUUGGUCAUCAAAGCUCCAGAGGAGAAGUGGGACUGUGAGAGCAUCAUCAGUACUUACUCCAACAUCUACAAUAGACCCAAAGUCAUCCCAGAUCCUGCAAAGGUGAAGCCGAUCCGCGUGUCCGCCAGGUCGGGCAUCCCUCUGGACGUCCUCCCCGCCAGAGGUCCCACCGGCAAGCAGGUCGAGCGAAUGUGCAGGAUCAACGACGUCGACCUGCCGCGCGCCGCCACGCUUCCGCGACAAAAAGAUGAGAGCAAGGACCAGAGGAAGGCCCGCAAGAACGCCAUCAAGGAGGAGCGCAAGGAGAGGCGCGUGGAGAAGAAGGCCAACAAGAUGGCUUUCAAGGAGGAGAAAGUGCGCCAGGAGAAACAGAUGCUCAACAUCAGGAACAAUGUUCAGGGCCUCAAACUCUCGUAGAAGACGCGGGACAAAUGGCGCACACGGGACUUCUUUCUGCCUGGUUUGCUUUUUUUAAGACUCUUGGCCAAAUACAGGAGGUCAGUUGACCGCU